AUGGCUUACACCCCAGACUUGGUGCAGUCAAUGGCAAACAUUUGCUCAGUUAUUAUGGACAAGCACUUGAAUCUUUUUGUUUUUAUUUCGAUCUUUGCUUCCUUCCUCUUGGUUACAUACAGUCUGGUCAGUAAGAAACGCAAUCACAACCUCCCUGAUGGACCAAGGCCUCUCCCGAUUAUUGGCAAUAUUCAUCAGAUGUUGUCUCAACGCCUGAUGGAAGUGGUGCACAAAUGGCAUCAAGAUUAUGGCACCAUGGUGGCCUUUCGCUAUGGCCAACAACAGGCCAUCAGUAUUAGCUCCUUUGAAAUUAUUCAAGAUCUACUGGUCAAGCGAGGUGCCAUCUACAGCUCACGUCCUCCUUUCAUUAUUGCCUCCCGCAUGUCCCUCGGGUUCAACUCGGCGAUUAUGCCGUACGGCAAGCAAUGGCAGAACCACCACCGUAUAAUGAGCUCUUUUCUAGACACCACUGCUGUCGGUCGCUAUCGUAGCCUGGAAGACAUGGAAAGCAAACAGGCACUUGCUGAACUCCUUGAGAGCGAUGACUUUGAGGCGAGCCUAAGCCGGUAUGCUGGCAGUAUACUCAUGACACUUGGGUACGGAAUCCGACUGGAGACCACAGACAAUGAUAUACCCGCCAAGCUUCACGCUAUGAACCGCCAUCCAUUUGAAGCCAUGGGCAAUACCUACUACAGCCUGGUGGAGCUGUUCCCCGUACUUGAUAAACUUCCAAGCUGUUUGGCCCCUUGGAAACAGUUCUCGGCCAACGUGGAACGAGAAGCCGCUGAAUUCCAUAUGGAACAUUUCGAGAUUGGCAAGUCAGCCUCUACAUGGAACUGGGUCCAGAAUGCCUUACAUUCCAGUGCGGGGUCGCGAGUCUCGUCCAAAGAACUUGCCUAUGUGAUAGGAACCCUUCAACAAGCCGGCUUUGAGGCUACUCUUACAAUAUUACGACUGGUUGUCAAGACCGUCGUGCUGCACCCGCACUGCUUGAGGGAGGCCCAGCAAGAGCUGGAUCGAGUUGUUGGACCUGAUCGGCUUCCCUCUUUUGGAGACAUCCCUCAAUUGAGUUACAUCAACGCUAUCCUGAAUGAGGCCAUGCGCUGGCAAACGCCGAUUCCGUUUGCAAUUCCCCGCACAACCACCCAGGACGAUGAAUACAAGGGGUAUCAUAUACCAAGUGGUACGGUGAUCAUCCCCAACGUCUGGGCCAUGAUGUUGAACCCGGAGGUUUUCCCUGAUCAGGAUAAAUUCAAGCCUGAGAGGUGGAUCGAGAACCCCAACCUUGACCACAGUCCGUUUGGCUUCGGUCGCAGAAUUUGUCCUGGAAGACACUUAGGCUGGGAUAGCGUGUUCAUUCUCACCGCACGGCUCUUGUGGGCAUACAAUAUCACUCACUCGUACAAAGAUGGAAAGAGAAUUGAAAUCGAUCCGCGGGACAUCGAAUUGACAUUUACAGCAGCACCCAGGCCGUUCAAGGCCUCAUUCCAAGUCCGUGGAUCAAAGAGGCAGGAGAUCAUAGAGAGGGAGUGGCAGAAUGUGAGUAAGGAUCCCGCUCAAAUUCUGGAGGAUAUCAGGCGGGAAAGCGAGGACAGAAGCUAG